GCACCCAUACGAUACGCCAUCAUUCUAUCCGCCGUUCUCGUAUCAGGUCUGCUUGUCCUCAUCGUCUCGCUCAACCUGAGCUCAUCCAGCUCUGCUUCUACGGAGGGCAUUCGUUUCGAUUUCCACAAUACGGCGCCGACAUGGGACAUCGGUCCUCUACCUGAUGUGCUCAUGUUCGUAGAGAGUACCGCCAAUUACCAGCUCAAUACGUCUGGUGCCACUGAGCAGUGGUCGGCCCUAGUCCCCCAUGACGGCAUCAUUCAUCUCGGCGCAGAGAAUCAGCCAUUCAUGUUGUCGAUGUUUCACCAAUUGCGAUGUCUGGACAUCAUCAGACAAGCAUACUCCAGCCACCACGACGAGGCUUCUGUAGCUAUCAGCCAUCAUUGCCUGAAUUACCUUCGGCAGAUGGUACUCUGUCGGAGAAAUCUACGCCUCGAACGCGUCGUGGAUCCUGUCCAACUACCAUCUGUUCAGCCAUGGGGUAGGCUCACGUGUAGGGACUGGCGUAUGGUGUAUAGAGAGGCUGAGCGGAAUGCAGCAGAGCAUCAGGCCCGGGGGUGGGCCCCGCUAGAGGUCGACAAUCAACUUUGA